AUGGGAGAAAAGAAGCCGCCCGCGAAGGUCGGUGACCCUGCUGCUGUUGAGGUUAGGAGCAGGAGUAGGAAUAGGAUGUUGGGCGAAGACACGGAGAAACCCCCCCAGGUGGUGUCCGCGACAGCGAAUGAGAGAGGAGAGCAAGCAGACUAUUCCUCCAAAGCCAAGAACAAGACGAGGUUGUCGCAUUAUGUGAGAAUAUUCACAUAUUCUACACUGGCUGAUCGAUCAUUCUUGAUUGUAGCAUCGCUUGCUCAGAUAGGAACGGGCACGACGCUUCCUUUAAUGAACAUUGUCUUCGGAAAUUUAGUUGGCAGUUUCAACGAGUACUUCAUCCCAAAUUCCUCCGUCUCCGAGAGCCAGUUCAAAAGCUCUCUGAACAGACAGACCUCGUACCUUGUGUAUUUGUUCAUCGGCAGAUCAGUGCUAUCCUACUUUUCCAUGCUGGCCUUUCGAAUGGUUGGACUUCGCAUGUCUGCAAAGCUUCGUCGCGAGUAUCUAAAGGCGCUGUUUUCUCUUCCAGUAGCGACACAGGAGACGCUCCCUGGCGGCCAAGCAUCAAAUACCCUAACUAACACGGCAAAUACGCUUCAAAUUGGAAUCUCCGAAAAGUUCGGCAUGAUACUUCAAUUCACGGCUCUCAUGUUUACUGCAGUCAUCGUUGCAUUUACUUACAGCUGGAAAUUGACCCUCGUCACCAGUUCAGUGAUAGUGUUCAUAGCGCUUGUAUACGGGUCCGUCGUCCCUGUAACCAUCAAGAUGCAGAAAGAAGUGGAGCAUGCCGACCAGAAAGCAUCUUCCAUUGCUGGAGAAGUCUUGGGAUCAAUACGAAUGAUUGUCGCCUGCGGGGCCGAAACUCGCGUUGCAAAGAAAUAUUCGGGCUGGAUUCAAGAAUCGCAGAGAAGAGGUGUAAAGAUGUCCCCGAUGAUGGGAGUCCAAUUCGCGCCUCUGUUUUUUGCCAUCUAUGCUACGAUGGCGCUUUGUUUCUGGUUCGGUUUCAAACUGUAUUCCGAAGGCGGUAUUGGUAGUAUUGGGGACAUCUUGAUCGUUCUCAUGUCUGUUAUGAUGCUGGCAUUUGCAAUAUCUUCAACGGCUGCUCCGAUUAUUGCUCUUUCGAAAGCAGCAUCGGCUGCUACUGACUUUUUCGCAGUCAUCGAUGCCCCAAAACCAUCAGCUAGAGGUUUAACAGCCCCUGAAGUCUCUGCUGCGGAAGACAUUUUGUUCGAUUCGGUCACUUUCGCCUACCCAAGUCGACCUCACGUCAAGGUACUGGAUGACCUGAAUCUUCAAUUCGAGUCUGGAAAGAUAACUGCUAUCGUUGGGGCGUCUGGAUCCGGGAAGAGUACAAUAGUUUGUCUCCUCGAAAGAUGGUACGAGCUUGAUGGCGAGGAUAGAUACGUUUUGCCCGAAAGUGUGAUAAAGGACGAGAAAACCGAUCAAGAAAGGGAGAAGGAAACGAAUGCUGAAAGUCCAAGUGUUCUCGCUGUGCCGAUCAAAUUGAAUGGUUCUAUCCGGGUUGGAGGCCAUAGACUAGAGACUGUUGGCCUGAAGUGGUGGCGCACGCAAAUCGGCCUCGUCCAGCAGGAGCCUUUCAUUUUCAAUGAUACUAUUUACAAGAACGUUGAAUUCGGUCUGAUCGGAUCUCGAUGGGAGGAUGCAGACAGCGAUACCAAGAGAUCUCUGGUGGAAGUAGCGUGUCAGGAAGCAUUUGCGGAUGAAUAUAUCGUACGACUCCCAAAUGGCUACGAGACACAAGUCGGCGACGCAGGCAUCAAGCUAUCAGGUGGUCAGCGCCAGCGACUGGCAAUCGCCCGAUCGAUCGUAAAACGACCUAAAAUUUUGAUUCUGGACGAGGCAACCAGUUCGAUUGAUGUACGAGGAGAAAUGCUAGUUCAGGCCGCGUUGGAUAAAGUCAGCGAAGGGAGAACAACCAUAACCAUCGCACAUCGACUCUCAACGAUCAAGAAAGCCGACAAGAUAAUUGUGUUAAAGAAAGGUCAUCUCGUCGAGGAAGGAACUCAUGACAGUUUGUUGGCUGAUGAGAACGGUGCAUAUUGGGCUCUGGUCAAUGCACAGAAAUUGUCAAUGGGAGAGGACUUUGCAGGAGAAUCUGAUCUCAUCGAAAGUGCGAAAGAUAAUCUGGUACAGGCUAUGAGCCUUGAAAGUGGAGAUAACAAGGCAGCCAAAACCGAAACAGCGUACAAACCUAAGGGCUUCAUUGGAUGUUUCUGGGUGCUCUUCUACGAACAAAAGGUCUAUUGGCCUUGGUAUUUGCUUCUCUCUUCUGCAUGUGCGGCGGCAGGGUCUAGUUACGCGAUCCAGGCUUUUCUCUUUGCGAAGAUUCUGAACGUUACAACCUUGACGGAGGAGGCAUUGAAAAGUGCUAGAGACCAUUGGGCACUCAUGUUCUUCAUUCUCGCCUUGGGUUGUGCGUUAGCCUACUUUGUCCUGAGCUGGUCUUCGACUACUAUCUCUACCUACAUCGCAUGUACCUACCGGCAAGAGUACUUUGAGAGCAUUCUGAACAAGCCGAUCGACUUCUUCGAUAACGAAGACAACUCAAGUGGGACACUUACAGCGCGUGUCGCUAAUGACCCGACCCAGCUCCAACAAAUGUUGGGUAUGAAUAUGGCCAUGACUUAUGUAGCGGUGCUUAGUCUGAUUGGCUGCAUUAUCAUCGCAUUUAAUUAUGGCUGGAAGCUCGCCAUGGUCACUGUCUUUGUGGCAAUGCCUGUGAUUAUGAUCGCAGGCUUCUUCCGAAUCCGUUACGAGAUCCAAUUCGAGGCUAUGAACCAAGCAGUGUUUGCCGAGAGUUCCAAGUUUGCGGCCGAAGCGAUAGGAGCAUUUCGAACGGUGACCGCGUUGACGAUGGAGGAUAUGAUUACCCGUCGAUACGAAAUUCUACUUCAGGACCACGUUAAGAAGGCAUUCCUCAAGGCUAGAUGGACGACUCUUGUUUUCGCUGCAUCGGACUCAGUUCAGCUGUUGUGCAUGGCUCUUGCAUUCUGGUAUGGAGGACAACUACUGGCAAAUCGAAGCUAUGAUGCCGAGCAGUUCUUCGUGGUCUACAUUGCGGUGAUCAACGGUGCUGAAGGCGGAGGGACCCUUCUAUCGUUUGGUCCGAAUAUGGCACAGGCAGCUGCAGCAGCAAACAGGAUACUGAGUUUUCGAACGAGACAGGGAUCCGACUCGAAACCCGCCUUGGAAGUGCGAGAUACCCAUGGCGGUGUAAAGAUCGAGCUGAGGAAUUUGUGGUUCAAGUAUCUUACUCGGGACACGCCUAUCUUCACCGGUCUCAAUCUUACGAUCGAGAAGGGGCAGUUCGCGGCCUUGGUUGGUCCGUCAGGGUGUGGUAAGACGAGCAUUGUCUCAUUGCUUGAGCGAUUCUACGACGUUCAAAAAGGCAAGAUUCUCUGCAACGGAACCAAUAUCACAGAUAUGGAUGUGAAGGAGUACCGCAAAAUUAUAUCAUUGGUCGCUCAAGAGCCAACACUCUUCCAAGGGACGAUCAAGGAAAACAUCUUGCUGGGCGUUGAUGAAUUGACGAGCCUGGAGCAGCUUCACCAAGCGUGCCGCGACGCAGAGAUACAUGAUUUCAUUAGCUCUCUCCCAGAUGGAUAUCAGACCGAUGUCGGGACCAAAGGCAUUGCCCUGUCUGGUGGCCAGAAGCAGCGAAUCGCGAUCGCGAGAGCGUUGAUCCGCGACCCCAACAUCUUGAUUUUAGACGAGGCGACCUCUAGUCUAGACUCUGAGAGCGAAAAGCUCGUUCAAGCAGCAUUUGAGCGCGCGGCACAGGGUCGAACCAUGGUCGUCGUCGCUCACAGACUCGCGACGGUCCAAAAUGCCGACGUGAUAUUCGUGCUCGGGGAAGGAAAGGUUCUGGAGACGGGAGAUCACAAUCAGCUUCUGAGGAAGCGAGGGUUAUACUAUCAAAUGUGUCAAUCGCAAGCUCUCGAUCGGUGA